AUGAAGACUAUAGGCAUAUUAGGUGGCAUGUCGGCAUCGUCGACACAGAUCUACUAUCAAGAACUUUGCAACCUUACGAGACAACGCCUCGGCGGGCUUCAUUCCCCCGAGUUACUCAUUCGCUCCCUGGACUUUGCUCGGAUAGAAGAACUGCAAAUGAGCGGCAAAUGGGAGGACGCUGGAGAUAUCUUGAACAAAGAGGCAAAAGCCCUCGAACGGGGAGGAGCUGAUUUUAUUAUUCUGGCCACAAAUACUAUGCACAAACUUUCUGAACAAAUGAUGAAGGGCGUAUCAAUUCCAUUGCUGCACAUUGCAGACGCCACUGCUGCUAGUAUUCAGGACCAGAAAUUCCAGUCGCCGGGCUUGAUGGCCACGGCUUUCACAAUGGAGCAGCCAUUCUACAAAGAUCGGCUUAUCGCAGCAGGCCUUUCUCCAAUUAUCCCGAACGAAGCAGAUCGUAAGGAGACGCAUCGCAUCAUUUACGAGGAACUUUGUUGCGGUAUUGUCUCCAAGGAAAGUGAGGCUACUUACAUUUCCAUUGCGAGACGGUUGGUGGAAAGAGGAGCAGAUUGCAUCAUCCUCGGUUGUACUGAGGUUGGCAUGCUCCUCAAUCACGCCAAUGUACCUGUGCCGGUUUUUGAUACUACCUUGAUACAUUGCGAUGCAGCGUUGCGAAAGGCACUUGAGGAUUGA